CGGGUUGGGGGAGGAAGCCUGGUGGCUCUGACCUCCCCUGGAGGUGCAGGAGGCCCAGCCAUGACACUCUUAAUGGAUGCCCUGACCCUGGUGAAGGAGCCUCAUCCCCUGCCUCUGGUCCCACGUCCCUGGGUCCUCCCCAGCCUGUUUGCUGCCUUCAAUGUGGUGCUGCUAGUGUUUUUCAGUGGCCUCUUCUUCGCAUUCCCUUGCAGGUGGCUGGCUCAGAAUGGGGAGUGGGCCUUUCCUGUCAUCACAGGCUCCCUCUUCGCCCUUUCCUUCUUCAGUCUCAUUUCACUCAACUUCUCAGACCCUGGCAUCUUACAUCAAGGCUCCGCUGAGCAGGGCCCCUUGACGGUGCACGUGGUGUGGGUGAACCACGGGGCCUUCCGCCUGCAGUGGUGUCCGAAGUGCUGCUUCCACCGCCCGCCCCGGACCUACCACUGCCCCUGGUGCAACAUCUGUGUGGAGGACUUUGACCACCACUGCAAGUGGGUCAACAACUGCAUCGGUCACCGCAACUUCCGCUUCUUCAUGCUGCUCAUCCUGUCCCUGUGCCUCUACUCGGGCGCCAUGCUGGUCACCUGUCUCAUCUUCCUGGUGCGCACAACCCACCUGCCCUUCUCCACCGACAAGGCCAUCGCCAUCGUGGUGGCUGUGCCCGCCGCGGGCUUCCUGGUGCCGCUGUCCCUCCUGCUGCUGAUCCAGGCCGUGUCCGUGAGCUCGGCCGACCGCACCUACAAGGGCAAGUGCAGACACCUUCAGGGAUACAACCCCUUCGACCAGGGCUGUGCCAGCAACUGGUAUUUAACAAUUUGUGCACCACUGGGACCCAAGUACAUGGCUGAAGCUGUCCAGCUGCAGAGAGUGGUGGGGCCUGACUGGACAUCCAUGCCGAACAUGCACCCUCCAAUGUCCCCCUCUGCUCUCAACCCCCCAGCCUGCCCUCCUCCAGCCCCAACCUCUGGGUCCUUACAAACCAGGGAGGGGUGCCCCAGGGCGUGGUGAGGCUGCAGCUCUCCAGGAGUUCCACAAAGGCCCAGUGCUGCCCCUGCGGCUGCAGGAGCCCCCAGGCGAGGUUCGGCCUUCCUCUCGCCCCGUGCACCCGGAGAUGCCCACAGCACCAGCACCUGAGCUCACAUCCUGAACCCACCUCCUGAACCCACCUCCUGAUUCCACCUCCAAACCCACCUCCUGAUUCCACCUCCUGAUUCCGCCUCCUGAACCCGCCUCCUGAACCUGCCUCCUUACCUCCCACUUCCUGAGCCCUGAGUGGAAGCCUUUUCAUGCCCUGCCCUUUGCCCACUCCCCUGGUGGGACUGCCAAGACCCUCAAUGCCCAUUAAAUACCCUUGCCUGCCUCUUACAA